CCUCUCAGCAGCUGUGCAAGUGCCCGUCCGUACAUCUCCGCGAUUGACUCAUACGAUUUUUGUUAUUUUGCUGCUUUCCUUCGCGUUGUUCCGUCCUCCCUGCCUUCGUCGGUCGUGUGGUCAAUUUAUUAUAAUUAAAUUUGAUUAUAUUAGAAUUGCGUGUGCGCUCGUUCGCUGGUUGUUGGAAGAGCGAAAAAUUUGCCUAGCGGGAGGUGUUUCGGGAACCAUGUUCCAGCAGGUCGUCGUCGCGGUUUGGCCACUAUCGAUUCGAGGAGCGUCGAUUAUUCGAUAAGCAGCAAUAAAUCUAGGGGAGAGUUGAUAACGCGCGAGAGAUAAGGACGACGGACGGACGGAGUGCGCGCUAAUCAUGGGCACCGAAAACUCGGAUAAACCCGGUGGCGGUUCAGUCGACGGCACGAUGGCACCGAUGGCGGGGGUGAGCAAGAUUUGCAGCGUCUGCGGGGACAAGGCGCUCGGGUACAACUUUAACGCGAUGACCUGCGAGAGCUGCAAGGCGUUCUUCCGGCGGAACGCGCUCUCGACGAAGGGUUUUACGUGUCCGUUCAGCGAGAGUUGCGAAAUUACGGUGGUCACGCGGCGGUUCUGCCAAAAGUGCAGGUUGGACAAGUGCUUCGGGAUCGGGAUGAAGAAGGAGUACAUCAUGUCGGAGGAGGACAAGGCGUUGAAGCGGAAGAAGAUUGAGCAGAAUCGGGCGCGGAAGCGGAUGUUGAACGCGGACGGGAGUGUGGUGGGGGAGGUGGGGACGGUAGGGGGUGGACUUCUGGAGUCGGCGGAUCUUCCGAUGAAGAUAAAGCGCGAGGGUAGCGAAUCCGCGGACUGUUGGAGCAAUUCUCCGUCGGAGUUUAUGACGGCCACGGCGACCAUUCUGCAGCAGCAGCAGCAGCAACUGACGGUUCCAAAUGUGGCCAUGUUUAACGGAGGGGUGCCUUCAUCGCCGAACGAUAUAAGCAAUUCAUCAACUUCAUCGUCGCACAAUCUAACGAUGAUGACUUCAACGACGGCGUCCGGGUUGGAUGGGUCAGUAGGAGGAGGAGGAGGAGGAGCGGCAGACCUGUUAUCAGCAAUGACAGCCGCGUUGCCACCUCAGAUGGGCAGCGGCGAUUCGCCUGCGAAAUCAAACUCUACUCCGUCGUCGUCGUCGACUUCGCUGAACGGGGAACCGCCCCUCACGAUCGAUUCCAGCGCCGAGGAGAUCGUCCAUCGGAUCGUCACCUACCCGACCCAGGCCAGCCAAACGAUUGCCUCUCUCAUGAAGACGCCCCAGGACGCCGUGUUCGUCAUGUCCAAAGUGAUCAGCUCGCAGUGCGACGCCCUCAAGCUGAUCUCUCACUUCAUAACCGCUCCCGGCGACGCCCUACAAAUCAUCAGCAAGAUCAUGAACUCCCCGCUGGACGCCCUGACCGUCUUUGCCCAGUUCAUGUCCUCCCCCACGGACGCCCUUCAAAUCAUCGGCAAAAUCAUGUCCUCUCCCGCCGACGUGCUCCAAUUCAUCCAACAGCUCAUGAACCAACCCGAAGACGCCGUCCAAAUCAUGAACAAAUUUAUGAACACCCCCGCGGAAGCCCUCCAGCUCAUCAACAAAAUGAUGAACCACCCGGAAAUAACGGAAACCAUCAAGGAAGCGGCCGCCGACACGUCCCAACGGGACGAAGACGACGACGACGAUGAAGACGAAGACCCCAACGUCCACCCAUCCAUCCCGCAACCCCCCGCCGACAUCAAACAGUUCAUCCUGAACGCCACCCAACCCGCAUCCCCCUCGUCAACCUCCCUCUGCUACGACGCAUUCCCACUACCGGAACCUCCCCAACCGCCCUCGACUGAUCCGCCAACCGACGACCUCUUCGCGGACAUCGAGAGCAAGUCGAUCCUGCCCAACACGCUGGAAUCGAUUCUCGUGCAAGCGAUCCGGCUCGAGUACGAAGGGUACAACGGGUCGACGUCGUCGGGAUCGAGCUCCGGCGGAAGUGGUGGAAGUUCGGGGGGAGGUCAGGCGCAGCAGCAUCUGCACGGGAUUGGCAACAGCAUCGAGCUGAACGAUGCCGAGCGGGCCAAGCUGAACGAGCUGAUUGUGGCGAAUAAGGCGCUGUACGCGCCCGUGGACGAGGAUCUGGGCUCGCUGAUAUCGGAGGAUUGUCGGAUAAAGUCCAAUCAAAACCAGCACGACCCGCUGCUGCUGAAGGUGAUAAAUCUGACGGCAAUCGCGAUCCGGCGGCUCAUCAAGAUGUCCAAGAAGAUUAGCGCCUUCAAGAACAUGUGCCAGGAGGACCAGCUGGCGCUGCUGAAAGCCGGCUGCACGGAGAUGAUGAUCCUGCGGUCGGCCAUGCAGUACGACUGCGACCGGGCCAGCUGGAAGAUACCCCACAGCCAGGAGGAGAUGUCCAAUCUGCGGGCGGACGUCCUAAAGCUGGCCAAGGGAAACGUGUACCAGGAGCACGAGCGCUUCAUCCGGACGUUCGACAAAAAGUGGCGCUCGGACGAGAACAUCAUCCUGAUCAUGUGUGCCAUAACGCUGUUUUCGCCGGACCGGCCGAAAACGGUCCAUUCCGAUGUGAUUAAGCUGGAACAAAACUCGUACUACUACCUGCUGCGGCGAUACCUGGAGAGCAUCUACCCGGGCUGCGAGGCGCGGUCCAUCUUUCUGAAGCUGAUGCAGAAGAUCUCCGAGCUGCACCGGCUCAACGACGAGAUCAUCAGCGUGUACCUGGACGUGAACCCGGCUCAGAUCGAGCCGCUGCUGAGGGAGAUUUUCGACCUGAAAGUGCACUGAGCGCGCGACAACCGCUACUGUAACACAUAGACAUCACAAAAACGUUAGCUCUUUAUCAGAAAUGUUUGGUAUAAUCGUUAUUUCAUAGCUGGUUCUACUGAAAGUGAAAAUAAAAACAAGUUUUACGCUGUAAGUUAGCCCCUAUUAAGAAGAUCGCCUAGUGAAUGUUGUUUGUUGAGAAGCUUUAACGUGGAGUUUGUAGAGUUUAUUGUAUUUAUAGAUAAAUAAUAUAUAUUUUUACACCCGAGUGAAAUCGGAACAGAAACUACGCAGUACUAGUUGCUUAGGUCAUAAGAACAAUACUUUACUGUUGUAACUGGUACACAUUUGCAGUAAUGUGAGAAUGUAUACUGAAUAAAUGCUAUGUUUAUAACAACG